GUAAGGAUGCCUAAAUAGAAAUAGUUAGGCAAUUGUACUGGCAUAAAUUCGAUGAUCCUCUUCAAGGUUAAAAUCAUAGGUGGGAAAAUUGAUAACUUAUGACGUUAGGUACUUACCUACCUAACGUCAGUAUGUUUUCGGUAAUUCGAGUAUAUGAACGUGUUCGUUCGAAUAUUUUUUAUCUUUUUGAUAAUGUAAUUAUUGAACAUUCUAUUUUCAAUUAUUAAAUGGUGUAAUAUUUCGAUACGCGAGUUCGAAUUAUUUCAAAUGAUAUAUUUUCAACUUUAGUUCCUGAGUAUGCAUCAAAUGGAUGAAUAACGAAGAAGAGCCUGUGAUCCAGAUCAACGAAGAUUCGAAAUCUCCGUCUGUUAGUAUUCAUUAUACUGACCCUGCAGUUCUCCAGUAUUCGAUAUCUGAUAGUUUUGUACUCGAGUUGUCUAUUAGUCCAAACGACAAAAUCGAUACUACGACUACAUCCAACGAAGCAGAUAGUUCGAUUGAUAAAGAAUUAAGUGGUUUUCGAGACCAGUUCAACGAAACUGUUUACAAUCCUGAAUCUUCCGACGGUUAUCUAAAAUAUCAUCGAGCUCGAACAAUUUCGAAUUCAUCAUCUUUAUCGACUUCUUCGGAACAACUCGAUUUAAAUCCAGCUGAGAAGAAAGAACGUCGACGAGCCAAAAUAUUUUUCCCCGAACGUGAAUUGCGACCAAUGAAACUUCCAGUAGGUUUCUAUAAAGAAACCAAAUCCAAUAAAGAAACCAAAUCGAAAUUUCGUCCACACUCGCAAAAAACGCACGAUUCUACGAGUAGUGACGUGAUACGAAUUCCAGUCGAGAUUCCACCGGAAGAUAACGAAGUAUUCGACGAGUUAUAUCAAUCAGCAGAAAUGUCUCAUACUCAGCAAGAAUACGAAGCAGUGAUUGCUGAAAACGCUCGAUUAAAACAAAGACAAAAGGAGUUAGAAGAGAUUAAUCGUAAACGAUUAUCAUUACUACCCGGUGCUGAUGAAGCAGGAACAUCACAGAAUUCGAAUAAUGUGACUGCUGCACAAUUAAUUGAUGCUUUAGAAAUAACGAAUGAAAGAAUGUCUGAAUCUGUAGCUAUACAAUUUGCUAUACAUAACAAACCAAAUCGAAGUUCAGCAGGAGGUCGAGAUUUUGUUCCACAACCAACUUGUAUUACAAUUCCACAACGGAAUUUUAAUUUGAACGUCAAACAAGAAGAGUUUGAGAUUGGUAUUCCUGGUUCGAGAUCAUUAUUAAUCAUUGACGAAGUGGAAUUUUCGAGUACUGAUAAUUCAGCUAGUAACAAAUCGAUUAAAGUGAUUUGUGAAGGAGCUCGAGUUACUCCUUGGAAAGCUUCAGAUGAUCAUAGAACUGUUGAAGAAUUUCUAAUUGAGUUCGAGAAUGAAAUUCGCCAACUUGUACGAACAAACAAGGAGUAUAAUCUAGCACUCGAUUAUUUCUUGUCACACGCUGAAUUAUUGAAUUACAAAAAAGCCAUAAAAUUUGACGGUCCAUGGCACGAGAAUGCUAUAAAGUUAGUAAAGCAAUUCUCAACAAUCACCAAUCAUCAACGAGAUAUCCGAAAUUUCGAGAAAGACAAGAAGAAACCUCAACAAAGUGUCGUCGACUUUUCUACAUUUUGGUUGAGAAGAAUGAGGUGGAAUACCUCAGUCACAGCCAAAUGGAUCGUACAAGUUUUGUUGACUAAAAUUGGACCAGAGUAUCGCGAAAUUUUUAAAGAAUGCACGGCCAGUGAUACUAUUGAAGACAUUAUCGAAGAAAUUCGUGAAAUGGAAGAUGGUGGAAUAUCAAAUAAAAAAGAUAUGGACGCUUCUAUAUAUUACCACCAAGCUGUAAAACCAUUAAUUGGUAAGAUGAAAAAAUCUGGCUCAUCAUCUUCAACUAAUGACGAUUCAAGAUCGAGUAGCUCGAAUAGAACUAGUAGUUCUAGUGAUAAUCGAUCAAAGAAAUUUAAUCCUUUUGAGAAAUUUGAUAAAGGUCAAAUUUUUAAGCGUACUGAUCGUGAUGGAAAAGCUCGAUUCAAAGCAGUUGGCAGUGUUAAUGAAAUCGAUAUGAAAGAAGAAGGAGUUUCAGUUUGUUACGUCGAUGCAAAUAAAAAUAUCAAAGAUUACGAUGUCAAAAAUCCUCCAAAUUUCGACGAAGAAUUCGAAUGUAAUGAAAUUGAAAUAUCGAUCGAUGAUUUAAACUAGAAUUAGGUAACACCAACGGUCGCGGUGCUACCUCAGAUCGAUCAAAGUCGACCUCUUCUCAUCAGGCUGCGAUUAUUAACAAAAAAGACACUCCAGUGAUACCUCCAGUUGUUCCAGAGAUACCUAAAAAAGAAAAAGUAUUUCUUUUUAAUGGAGGUGUAUUAUAUAUUGGCAGUCAACAAAUGUUCAAAUUUUUACGAUUCCACGAAAAUACCAACAUCGCAAAGGAAGAAGAAGAAUACUUGUUAGUUGGUGAUUCUUUAACGGCGAAAAGAGCUAAUGAAUUGCUUGAAGAAAAAACAUUCGAUAUUCCUUUUGGAACUGAUCACGCUUUAGUUCAUCUGGGUUUGCAAGAAUCGAUUUUCAAGAAAUUUGACAGUUCAAUGUUCCAGAAUGAAUUGAAUAAACUUGUAUCGAAGCUUAGAGAUUAUUAUCAAAUACCAAACAUCGUAUUAGUGUUGAUUCCUCCGAUAAAUUUUCCUACACCAACAAAAGAUUAUUGGGAUGUUCUUGAGGAAAUAAAUAAAACAAUUUAUUUCACAACUCGAAAUCAAGAAAAAUGUCUUUUUUGGAACGCUUUUUCACCAUUUGUUAAAAGAAAUGAACUGGUUCCUUCUGAAAAUAAAUGGUUCAAAUAUGUCGCUGAAGGCAAAAUUCUAUAUGAACCUAAAGGAGAAUUAUAUGAUAUCGGAAAAUCGAGUUCGAAAUUACCUGGUUAUGCAAAAUGGAAAUAUUAUGAACUUAGCAAACUGCAUUACGAAAUGUGUAGCUUUUUCAAGAAAUAUUGCAAAGUAAAUUUAUUUCCGAAAAGAGACAAAGAAUCAAAAGAACGCGAUAAUUUACUCGAUGGAACUUAUGGAAAAAGUGACCAGCCAGUCUCAUUCAAUUUGAAUGAUAGCAUAAUCGAUGUAUUAAAUCCUAUCGAGAUCGAGUAUAAAAACAAAGACGUGUCGCCGAAAAUUACUGUCCAGUUUGGCAAAAUCGAUGUAGAUGCAUUACUUGA